GGCGCCGGAAGCCGAGACUUGUGAUCUCUUUGCAGGGAAAUGGGUGUUUGAUAACCUGACUUAUCCUUUGUAUUCAGAGAGGAGGUGUAAGUUCAUGUCAGAUCAGUCUGCGUGUGAGAAGUUUGGGAGGGAGAAUCUCAGGUAUCAGAACUGGAGGUGGAAACCACAUGGUUGUGAUCUUCCAAGCUUUAAUGCUACAAAACUUUUGGAGAGGCUGAGAGGAAAAAGGCUUGCUUUUGUUGGUGACUCUCUGAAUAGGAACCAAUGGAUCUCCAUGGUUUGUCUUCUAGAUUCAGUUCUUCCUGAUGAUCAUAUGAAAUCCAUGGAAACAAAUGGAUCUCUCAUUUCCUUCAAGGCCAAGGAGUAUAAUGCAUCAAUUGAAUUCUAUUGGGCUCCAUUGUUGGUUGAGUCGAACUCCGAUGAUCCGGUGCACCAUCGUGUUCCCGAUAGGAUCAUACGAGCUCAAUCAAUUGAGAAGCAUGCUAGGCACUGGAUGGGAGCUGAUAUUUUGGUCUUCAACUCUUAUCUUUGGUGGAGGAGAGAUAAGAUGAAGGUCUUGUGGGGUUCUUUUGAUGACAAGGAUUCCAUCUACAAAGAUAUUGAAAUUCUCAGAAGUUAUGAGAUGGCAUUCAGGACUUGGGCAGAGUGGCUUGAGUUCCAUGUGGAUCAUACCAAGACCAAGCUCUUCUUUAUGAGCAUGUCACCCACUCAUUUCUGGGGAGAUGAGUGGGGAAUCGAUAGCGGCCAGAAUUGUUAUAAUGAAACUGAACCAAUCAGCAAAGAAGGGUAUUGGGGAAGAGGAUCUGAUAAGGAAAUGAUGCGAGUUGUUGAAUCUGCAAUUUUUGGCUUGAAAGAAAGAGGUGUGAAAGUUCAGAUGCUCAACAUUACCCAGCUCUCAGAAUAUAGGAAAGAUGGUCACCCUUCUACUUACAGAAAGCAGUGGGAGCCUCUGACCAAAGAGCAGCUUGCAAAUCCUAGUAGUUACGCUGACUGCAUUCAUUGGUGUUUACCUGGUGUGCCUGAUGUAUGGAAUGAACUCUUGUACACCUACAUUCUUUUCAGAUGAUAUUAAUUCAUCUCUUUAUGCCUUCGUUUGGGACGGCUUUCUUAUUGCUUCUUAAAGGAGCUUUCUAAUUCAAAAAUUAAAAUUUUU